UCCUGUUAGAACCAGACUGGCUGUGGGUUUAUUAUAUCUUGCAAGCCACUCAGGGUCAGGCUGCCUCAUUACUUGGAUGAGAGAUCUCUAAGCAAAACUCUGGUGCUGCAGGAAUUGGACCAUCUCAGAGUCCAUACAGAAUCAAAGCUCCAGCAUAGUGCUAGUGAUGCCGGAGAGGUCUGGCUUUUGGGCGGGAUGAAAACUAAGGCCCUGAUGACAUAUGGAUGGUCAUUAAAGAUCACAGACGCGUAGAAAUGUAGGGCUGGAAGGAACCUUGAAAGGCCAUGUAGUCCAGCCCCCUGCCCUGAGGCAAGAUCCAAUGUUAUUUUUGGGGUGUUAACUCUGGUGGUGGUGACCAAAUAUGAAUUCAGUUAAUUACUUUAUACCUUGCUAAUUUUCACUUGCAGCUGAAGCUGGAGAUCAGGUUCUCCUUCUUUUGCUGUCUUAGAUAGUGAUGGUGUCUGAGUGUUAAACAGCUGCCACAUCCCACCCCAGAGGUGGCUGCAUUUCAGUGCUGGAGGAAUCUGUUCCUCUGCUAACCUGGGAAGUGGCUAUAAGUGAGUGGAAUGUUAACUGCCUGCCAGGGAGGGGACACCCUGUAAUGAGAAUCCAUGGAGCCCAGGGGAAUUGUCAAAGUCUUUCCAAAGAGGAAGAAGAUGAGGGAUGACUCAGAGAGGAAGGUCCCUCCAAAGGUCCUGAAAGAAGAGGAAACUGGGAGCAUUGAAAAAUGGCUGAAGCCGGUCACAGCCUACGUGCUGCCAGCGGGCGUCGGACAGGCCAGGGCAGAGAUCUUUCGCAAGCAGAUUGUCCAGAAGGGGGGUCGUGUCUGCAACCAGCUCUCCUCGGAGGUGACGCACGUCAUAGUGGCAGAAGACAUGGAUUGUGACCGGGCCUUUCGCCUCUUCAGACUGGCCAGACUUCCCCCGGGGACCCAGCUGGUGAAGGCAGCCUGGCUGAGCUUGUGCAUUAGAGAGCAGAAGCUGCUGGAUACCACUGGGUACAGCAUCUUCAUCCCAGACAGGUACUUGGAGGAGGGGGAUCUGCCGAAGGGUCAACAGCAGCUCCUGGGCAGUGAGACUGUCCAACCCCAGCCAGAAAAGGAAGCACUGGAGCAGAAGGCUGAAGCACAGACAGCAGCCAUAUUGCCUCAGGGCCCAGCCACCUCAGUACAGCAACGUGUGGAAGAGCAAAGCCUUCAAACACAGAGGGUCUCUGAUGACGAAGGGGAAGAGACCAGCAUCACCCAGGGAGACCUGGAAGCACUAAUUUCAGGACGUUGCCCUGAGACCUCAUCGGGGCUGUCCAGUGGCAGCUGUACCACAGUGUCCCCUCCUGCUGGCAAGUGGGUUUGUGCUCAAUCCUCUGACAGCAAGAAAGAGAAUCACAACCGGCACAUCACAGAGAAGCUGGAAGUGCUGGGAAAAGCCUACACCGUCCAGGGGGACAAGUGGAGGGCUCUGGGCUACUCCAAAGCCAUCAAUGCACUCAAGAGCUACCACAAACCAGUCACCUCUUAUCAGGAAGCCAGUAAGAUUCCUGGGAUCGGGAAGCGAAUGGCGGAGAAGAUCCUGGAGAUCUUGGAGAGCGGCCACCUGCGUAAGCUGGACCACAUCAGUGAGAGCGUGGCAGUGCUGGAGGUCUUCUCCAACAUCUGGGGAGCAGGAGUCAAGACAGCCCAGAUGUGGUACCAACAGGGGUUCCGGACCCUGGACGAUAUCCGCACCAAGACUCCUCUGACCAGCCAGCAGGCCAUAGGGUUGAAGCACUACGAAGACUUCCUGGAGCGUAUGCCACGAGAGGAGGCUACAGAAAUAGAACAGACUGUGCGAGAAGCAGCCCAGUCCCUGAACCCUGGGCUGGUGUGCGUGGCGUGUGGCUCGUACCGACGGGGGAAGGCCACCUGCGGCGAUGUGGACGUCUUGGUUACCCACCCUGAUGGGCAGUCUCACCGCGGCAUCUUUGGCCAGCUGCUUGACAGUCUCCGGCGGAGCGGUUUUCUCACCGACGAUCUGGUGAGGCAAGAAGACAGUGGCAGCCAGAAGUACCUGGGUGUGUGCCGGCUGCCUGGGCCAGGCCGGCGCCACCGACGCCUCGACAUCAUCAUGGCGCCCCACUGCAAGUUCGCCUGCUCCCUCCUGUACUUCACUGGCUCAGCCCACUUCAACCGCUCCAUGCGAGCGCUGGCCAAGACCAAGGGCAUGAGCCUGUCGGAGCAUGCACUCCACACCGCCGUGGUGCGCGCCCCCGGUGGCCGCAAGAUGGGGCCCGGCAUUGUCCUGCCCACUCCCACUGAGAGGGAUGUCUUCAUGCUGCUGGGGCUGCCCUACAGGGAGCCCGCCGAGCGGGACUGGUGAUGGGGCCGGGACCAACCCUAUCCUUCCUGCCUUCCAGCGUGUCAUGGGGAGCCUACCAGCUGCCUGAUGAGUCCUGCAGGCACCAGUGCCCUGGCAGGGAAGGGGGGUUCCCUGCCAGACACUGGAGGGGGGCACUCCUUAAUCUCAUAUCAUCUGGGCUGCUCCGGGCUCGCUCUGAGGUGGCCCCAAUGGACAGUGGCUGCUGUUGCUGCUUAGUGGCACUUUGUGACUGUCCAGCCAGGCCUGGGGGUUGACGUAUCACCAGCUCUGGAAUGUAGUUCA